GGUGGAUGCCUUUAGUUACGUCUCGCUGAGAGAGAGGGGGUAGGAAAAAAUGGCAGUUGCAAUGGGUAGACCUUUCGUUAUUCAGCCAUGUUUGUCUUCCUCCUUGUGCUCCUUGUCUAAGAACAUAAAUAAGUCAUCUUUCGGCGCAGCAGAAACCUUUUUGCCUGCCAAACCAAGCAGCACUCGUUGCACACCAGUUGUGGUUCAUGCCCAACAGCGACCAACAUGGCUUCCUGGGCUUGACCCUCCACCUUAUCUUGAUGGAACUUUGGCUGGAGAUUUUGGGUUCGACCCUCUUGGCCUCGGAGAGGACCCACAGAGCCUGAAGUGGUAUGUGCAGGCAGAGUUGGUCCAUGCUCGCUUUGCCAUGGCUGGAGUUGCUGGAAUUCUUUUCACAGAUCUACUACGAGUGACAGGGAUCAGAAAAUUGCCAGUUUGGUAUGAAGCAGGUGCUGUGAAAUUCGAAUUUGCAAGCACAAGGACGUUGAUUGUGGUCCAGCUGCUCCUGAUGGGAUUUGCUGAGACAAAAAGGUACAUGGAUUUCGUUAGUCCUGGAUCUCAAGCUAAGGAAGGAUCUUUCUUUGGACUGGAAUCUGCACUAGAAGGCUUGGAACCUGGCUAUCCUGGAGGUCCUCUGUUAAACCCUCUAGGUCUGGCUAGAGAUAUCGAGAACGCCCAUGUCUGGAAGCUUAAAGAGAUUAAAAAUGGACGGCUUGCGAUGGUAGCCAUGGUGGGCAUUUUUGUGCAAGCUGCAGUGACUCAUGCUGGUCCUAUAGAUAACCUUAUAGAGCACCUCUCUAACCCAUGGCACAGAACCAUCAUUCAAACCCUCGCUAACUCUGGUUCCUAGUUCGACAUAGAAGCUGACCACUGCAAUUUAAAUUUAAUUACAACGUCAUUGAUUUCUUUGUUUCAAUCCUUCUUUUAUGGACUUCUUAAGACAACUGAAGACUUAUGUUUAAUAAGGAUUGGUUGGUCAACGUGGAUCCAAUAUCUGUUUAUGUUUUUAUUGGUCACAAUGCAAUUGGAAAUAUUUUUUGUA